AUGACCACCACUAUCUCAGCCGCCAACACCACCACCUCGAUUGCUGCAGCCACCGCCACCGUCACCAUUACCAUAACAACCACCACCGCCUAUGGCGACGACGCUUGGGCGUCGAAACUUCUUGCGGCCGCCUUUGCCGGGCUUGCCUGCCCGCCGGUGCCCGCCUGCCCGACCUGCCAGGACACCCCCGCCGUCGUGGGGACCACCUUGGCCGCUGGGUACCUGACCUUCGUCCUCGCGUGGGCUGUUCUGAUGUGGGCGAUGAACUUGGGGGGAGGGGGGGACGGGGGACAAGGAGGCGGCAGGGGGGACCCCGGGGACGGGGACGACCUCGGUGACGACUGCCGUGGGAGGGGGAGCUGGGCGACGGGGGGACGGGGCCGCCAGCGACGAAUGUGGCAGGAGGGGAGGAGGGGGGAAACCCCGGGACGAGGUCCCCGGCCGUUCCUCAGGGGGACGGGGGAGUGGUGGAGACCUUCCUGA